AAAUAAUCCAAGUGUAGCCUAGAUGAGGCAACAUGCUGACUAUGUUCAAGCUGCAUACAAAGCCCUCUCAUAUAUUCAUCAUGGUGUAACACAUGACAUUUUCUCAAAUAUCAUGGGAGCAAAAACAGCACAAGAAGCUUGGGAUACUCUUAAGAAAGAGUUUGACGACAGUUCACGGGUUAAAGGCCGUAGCAGUAACUCUCAGCUUAUUUUGUCACCUUAUGUGGAUGACUUGUUAUUAACUGGAAAUGAUUUGAAGUUGUUGGAACAAUUCAAGAAGGUUAUGAUGCAGGAGUUUGCAAUGAUAGAUUUGGGAGAUACAAAGUAUUUUCCGGGGCUUGAAAUUCAACAAUUGAAUAAGGGAAUUUUCAUUUGCAAGGGAAAGUAUGCACUGGAUAUCUUGAAGAAGUUUGAAAUGGAGAAUUGUAAAGCAGUUGCCAACCCGUUUGUUCAAAAUGAGAAACUUUUCGAGAAUGAUCAAGAAACCAAGGCUGAUUCCUCCUAUUACAGAGGUUUAAUUGGUAGCCUGCUUUGUUUAACUGCGACUAGAUCUGACUUGAAGUUUGCAGCAAGCUAUUUGUCAAGAUUUAUGUUUGCUCCUAGUAAACUUCAUUUAGUUGCUGCCAAGAGAAUUCUUAGUUACAUUAAAAGAACCUAUGAACUUGGCUUGUGGUUUGACAGUAAUCCACAAGGAAGGUUGCAAGGGGAGAAGGAGGAUGUUGUAACUCAGUCCAUAGCUAAGGUUGAGUAUUUAGUAGCUAGAGCAGCAGCAAAUCAUGCUGUCAGCAAUUGCUAUUGCUCAAAAUCCAGAGCAGCAUGCAAGGAAAUGCCUGAUGAAGUUAUGUGGAAAGGGAAAGCAAGAGGUGGAGAUAAUGGAGAUUUUGCCAACUUAACAAACCUUUGACCUGCAAGGGAAGAGAAGAUUGUGAAAUUUGAAUUCAUUGAUAAGGCGGAUAUAAUAUUUGACUCUCUUCAAAAGAUAUUAAACUAGAAAUAGAAGUUUUAGCCUUAGGAGAAAUGAAAUGAAAUUGUAUAAGCUAUAAACAUUAUGAAAGCAUUUUCUUCCAACAUUUGGAGAGAAGAAUAUAGUGUUAUUCCAAAUAAAAAGAGUUGAAUUCA